AUGGCAGGGCGAGGCAGAAGCGGACGCGGCGCCAGUGCCGCGGACGGCGAAGCGAGUCCUACUCGGGUGAGUGUGAGCGAGGUAGUGCUCGGCUCCAUCCAGAAGCCACCCGAAUAUGGGAAGACGCUGUCCGCUGCUGCAUCUAGGCGAUUUCUGCUUCGGUACGCGGAGUAUGAGCGCGUUGCGGCGUGCGGCAACGAAGGUCGGGUAGUGCAACGGAAGCCUACGUCGAUUUCCGAGUUGCUGCUGGUGCACAUCCGCAAAUGCUUGUCUUCUCUAUACUUCGAGGGCAAGAAAAUUCUGACGGAGGCAGAGCUGCGGGAAGGUCUAUCGCUCAACGCCGAAACUUCGGGAGAGGCUUUGGUUGAGCCAGCCGAGGCGAAGGCGGGUGUGACCCGCGCGGCUAGCAUGAAGCCGAGUGCCUCGGUGCUGGAACGCGUAUAUGCUGUUCAUAGCGCGUUGGAAUGCUACCUGGCAGAGAACCCGAAUGUGGCGUGGCUGCACCGCAACGCCGACGACGAAUGGCUCGAAGAGUCGGAGCACGUAGUCAGCAAGGCUCUGGUGAAAGGAAUUUCGCCUCCAGAAUUCAAGGCAAACGUGGAGAGCUCUCUAGGGCUCCAAGGAAAUUGCAAGACGGAACCUGAGCGCGUAAUAGCUGUGAUGGUGAAGGAGGCCACUGACUGGAAGAAAACAGAGAAGUGGGCGCGGUGGCCAGUCCGGCUCUUCUGGGAAUUGCUGGGCAUCGUCUGGGAAGUCAGGGGGAAAACCUGCACCGGCGGCGGCAGGGUCUGGAAAAUCGCCGGCGCGACCUCGUCAGCAGCAGCAGGGGGGUCAGCAACGAGCGGGUCAGCAGCCGGGUUCAACCGUCCAGAGUAUGGCCGCUUUUCGGAGGAGCAGAAGCAAGGUAGGGGCGAUGCGGUGGCAGAAGCACUUCCCCCGCCGCCUGUUCCCGUUCAAGGGACUAAAGCGUCGCCUGACGCUACGACGGCUCCGGCGUGGCGGUCCCAGUCCAUGGAUGGCGUCGCGAGCCUGCACGCCGAAGGGGUCGAUGUGGAUCGCACUGUGCCUACAACGAACAAGGCAUGUCCGUUGCGGCUGGCGUUGCACACGGAGUGGGGUCCGGUGGUGUUGGAGCCAUUCCGUUUUUCCGUCAUGCCCGGCGAGGACGACACGAUCCUGCUGGGAGGAGCAACCCUGAAGAAGUUGGGGAUAGACGUAUACGGCAGUCUUGCCGCCCAUGCGCGGCAGAAAGCUAUCGCUGCCGUAAAGGGGGUGGAGAACGCGGCGUUCCAUGAAUGCCGGCGUGUUGCUGUGGCGGCAGAGGCGCUGCAGCAUAACAACGAAGAAGAACCGGUGGAAUUGCGUGAUGAGGCUGUGACUCGGGCGUUUUCUCGAAAGCCCAACAUGUCUAUGGUCCCGGAAGAAGAGAAGGUCCAGCGCAAGGCGGUCUGGGCGAGCCCGGCUAUGGCGGUGCCCAAGCCAGGCCGUGCGGUGAUGACGGACAUUCUGCAAGGAUUGAGCUGCAUGGUCUGGGUCGAUGACGUUGCAUGGUGGGGUAUCGACGAAACUGAUCUGCUGAACACUUUAGACGAAAUUCUUCGGCGUCUGGAGGACAAGGGUAUUUUCGCCGCUGCGCAUAAGUGUCUUUUCUUUGAUACGAAGAUCAAGUGUUGUGGCAAGGCGGUUAACUGGUUGCGAACAUCGUUGCCACGGCUGGCGGAGGUGGUGGAACCUCUCCGACGCUUGCUGGAGGAGCACAUGGCGUCGGCACCUCGUCGGACAAAGAGGAUUGCGUCUAAUCGCCCGAUUGAGAGCGAGGCCUGGACUGCCGGCAUGGCUGAGGCAUGGACAUUGGCACAGGAUUUGGCGGCACAUGCGGUGGCGUUGUCCGAAGGAGGGUUUGCUGUGCUGAUGUUUCCCGAUGCGUCUGAUGAGCAUUGGGGUACUUUCUUGACGCAGGUGCAGCAGGGAGAGCUGGAGCGUGGAGUGUCCGUGGAAGAUAUGACCCACAAGCCGCUCGCCUUCCUUACAGUACGUUUAUGGGCUCUCAAAUGA